CCCAAACAUCGCUCUCCAGGGACUUGCAGAGAUGAAGGUUCUGGCCCUCACUCUCUUCUGCCUCCUCAUUUCGGUGAAUGAAGCCAAAGUAUUUGAGAAAUGUGAACUGGCUGCACUUCUGAAACAGCAUGGGCUGGAUGGAUACCAUGGCAUUAGCCUGGCCGACUGGAUCUGCACAGCUUAUCAUGAAAGCAAAUACGAAAGUAGCGCUGUGGGACCACCAAACACAGAUGGCAGCCAGGACUAUGGGGUUUUUCAAAUAAACAGUCGCUAUUGGUGUGACAAUCAACAGGGCGAAACAGCCAAUGGAUGCAGAAUCUCCUGCAGUGCUUUCACAAAUGACGACAUCACAGAUGACAUUGAGUGCGCUAAGACAGUUGUUCGUGACCCCCAAGGGAUGGAUGCCUGGGUUGCUUGGAAGAACCAUUGCAAAGGAAAGGAUCUCUCCGAGUGGACAGCUGGCUGCAGCCUUUGA